CUGGUUAAUACUCAUCAGUGCUGUGGAGAAGUUUGUACCGGCAUCAGCUGAAAAUACAACGCCUACAGAAAAAGACAGCAGCGACAUGGACAAUCCAAAUUUCCGUAUUAUUCGCAUCAUACUGGAUAUAGUACCGCAUCUAUCGUUUGAGAGUCUCCAGCCCGCGAAUGAAAUUCGUGGUUGGGGUGAAGAGAGUGUAAUGAAGCGGUGCAAGGCGAAUCAUUCAUACGGUCGGAAUAAAAAAACAACGCCAUUUCACGCUGCUGUCGAAGAUGAACGCACCCAGAUAGUUGCGCAUAUGUUAAACCGGGGGGACAGCCUCCUUUCCACCACGGGUGGCGGUUGGGAUCUUCAAGACUUCAUCAAGAUUCUACAGCGGCCAAAGCCGGACCGUUUGAGUUCUCUUUCUGCUCUUGGUCUCGCCGCGAUAAAUAACAAUGGGAUGGAAACCGUUGAAAUGCUUCUCAGAUAUAAUCCAAAGAUUGCAAUGAGCCCAACCGACAAAACAUUUGAGACAAGCUUGAAGGAAGGGAAGGAUGGCAUCGUGGACGCCUUCUUCGAAUACGAGGAAUUACAAAAGGAGUUUAUUACAGCCAAAAAUAUUCUUUUGGCGCUGGAGUAUUUAAGUAAGAAUACGCCAAAACAAGGAGAUCCACCAGAGAGCUAUAUGAAGGUCGUCUGCACGCUGAUCAGCCAUGCUCCAACAAAGGAAGAACUCAAUGACGAGGUUGUCAAGGAAAUUAUCCAACUCAAUUUGAGGCGCGUGUGGGAGAGCAGAAAUAAGAACAUCGAGCUAGAAAUCUCUGAAUUUCUUCAUAUCGCUGUCCAAUGCCAAAACGCCGAGUUUGUUAAGAUGUUCAUGGAUGAAUAUCCGGACAUGGAGGAUUUACAGAGCGAGGCAAAUCGCAACAUUCGUGAAAUGUUGGUCACCAAAAUCAUCAAAGGGAAUCCAGAUUUGGGGAUGCAGCAGCUCUUGGAAAUUUUCCGAGACUCUGAAUUUGAAGAACUAUGCUUUGACCUCUCCCGUUUCAACUCGAAGAAAUAUCUAGUGUCUGAUUUUGUGCGUUCACUCAUCAGCCACCAAGACAACCCAGACCUGUUGUCAUACGAGCAUACUCUAAAAUACGCCGAGUUUCCUAAUUUGGACGCGAAAGAUGACGAGAAGGAAAUAUUCGGUGACGAUGUUCAUUAUGAGCACGCCGAAGUUUUUCUUAUCCUCGACUGGCUGAGAAACGAUAAAAAGGUUCGCGAGAUAAUUGAGCUCACAGUGCCGGACAGACUUGUGAAUCCACACAACGAAGUCAAGAUAGGAAACUACGUGAAAUUCUUUCAAGUCCAGGUUCUCAAUUGGCGGUUCCUAGACCUGUCUAUCACGGUGCUCCCUGACCAAGAAACAAAAGACAGGAUUAAAGAGCUUCAUUUAUACGCAAGUGGUAAGAGAGCGGCUAUCAGCCAUUGGACGAGUGAGAAUGGUAUCUUGACGCUUCCCAAUCUAAAAGUGAGCUGCACGUCUGAUUCAUGGAAUCCUGCGCAAAUGAGGUUGGCAGACCUAGAGGAAAUGCCAAUAAAGGUCGCCUUAAUCGAUAAUGGAGUUCUAAGCAUCUCGCCACGAUUAUCGAACAAUGGCAGCUUCCGGAAUUCCAACAUGAAUCACCAAGGUGAAGACUCAAAGGACCAAAGUAAUGAUAACAAGUCAAUUUUUAGAAAAGAGUCAGAAAACCACAAGACCUUAUGGUCUCGCAUUAAGGGUGGCAAGUCUUUUGUGGAGGACAAUUCUCGAGUUAGCCCAUGGUUAUUCGCGUCCAAUCCACAUGGAACACAGAUGGCGAAUCUAAUAUGUGCCAUCGAUCCCUGGUGCGACCUCUACGUAGCCAAGGUUACCGAUGGCCAGGCUGGAAUAAUGCCUGCAAGGGUUACAAGAGCAAUCGAAUGGGCAAUCUCUCGAAACGUUGACAUUAUUUCGAUGAGUUUUGCUAUUUCAGAGAAGACUGAUGAGCUUGAAGCCGCUUGCAAUACCGCAGCCGCAGCCGGUAUUGUUUUGCUUUGCAGCACUCAUGAUGAAGGCCUCGGAGUUUCCACCACAUAUCCAGCGAGCUUUCAUAACACCAUUACAAUUACUGCUUGCGACGAUUAUGGGAAAGUACUUCGCCCCGGACCCCCAAAUGAUACAGGCUCCUUUCAAUAUAAAGUCCAGGGCCAGUCGGUGGCGGCAGGAGUCAUUCCCUUUUUGGACUCUGAUGAUUAUAUUUCAGGAAGUUCUGUCGCUACAGCCAUUACUGCAGGGUUGAGUUCAUUGAUCUUGUCUUGCGAUAGAAUCGCCAAGAAUGAGCCAAAGAAGUUUUCUUCAAAGGAGCGCUCUCCAAAGAACGUCUACCCAAGCACUCCAGUGCAUGAAAAGCAUAAGAGGUACAAGGAGAACACUAUAACGAAUCAUCUAAAAGAGAUGCUAGCCAAGGAGAGUAAAGAUUACAUCUUAAUGGAGAAUUUUGCUGAAAUCAACAAGAAAAUCCAGGAUGGACGGGACAUUGUGGCCAAGGAAAUAAUCAGCUCAUACUUUCGGUCAGUCAGGUUUAGCGAGAAAUAG